GCCUGACGUCUGAAAAGCUGCCUCUUCUCACCCCAUCCGGCGUCUGGAGGCGUCCAGGACAAGGAUCGAGGAGAAUUAGCGAGGCUGGAGUCAGACGUGAGACUUCUUCAAGACGGAAGAGCUAAGCAAAGCGAAAGGAGCUUUUGUUGAAAGAGAUGGUGAUGUUCCUGAGCCCCCUGUUUUUCGUCUUCAUGCUGGGUCUGGGUCUGACCCCACUGACCCUGGCUCAGGAAGACUACAGAUACAGACACUUCCUGUCCCAGCACUAUGAUCCCCAACCAAAGGGCCGGGAUGACAGAUACUGUGAAAGCAUGAUGAGGAGGCGAGACCUGACCAAUCCCUGCAAAGAGGUCAACACCUUUAUUCAUGGCAGCAAGAAUGACAUCAAGGGCAUCUGUGAUGAUACGAAUGGAAAACCUGGCAAAGGCAAUCUCAGAAUAAGCAAGUCUUCCUUCCAGAUCACCACUUGCAAGCAUAAAGGAGGGUCCCCCCGGCCUCCAUGCAGGUACAGAGCCACAAAAGGGUACAGAGUCAUUGCUAUUGGCUGUGAAAAUGACUGGCCCACCCACUUGCAGGAGUCCUUUAUCACUCCAGCACAGUAGCCUAGAGCUGGCUCUGCUCUUUUUUCCUUGCAUUUCCCCCUCUUACUGUAGCAACAUUCAUUGCUAGGAAUCCAGAAAAUGAGCUGCUGAUCUUUUUGUUUUCUGUUUUACAAUAUGCUUAAUAAAUAAAAACGUCUCUGAAAUCAGUAAAAAUCAAA